AUGGGCCAUCGAACUAAGCAAGAACGAUAUCACAUAUCGACCACAAACGACGAUAAAGUCUCAGGUCCUCUCGACUUCAGUGCGCACAUACUGUCCGAAGUCGAAAAGGAAGCCCUCCACACUUCUCAAACAAACGACCUCUGGGUCCUAUACACCGACGGCCCAUCUAACGUGUCGGGGUCUGGGAUGGAACGCGUACUUGAAGUCCCAACAGGUGAAGUGAUUCGCCCAUCCAUAAGGUGCUCAGAUAUGACUAACAACGAGGCCGAGUAUGAGGACGUGAUUGCAGGACUAAGACUAGCACUCAAAUAUGGGGUGAAGCGACUAAGGUUGCGAUGUGAUUCUCAGCUUGUGGUCAACCAAGUUACAGGGACUUUCCAAAUCAAGGAGCAGAGGAGUAUUCGCAAAGAUACGCAAACAGGAAGUAAUCGCCUUCAUAUGGAAAAACAUCAUAUGCCGCUUCAGCCUCCCCAAAGAAAUCCGCUGUGA